AUGUCUUCCUCCAGACUGGGGCUCUGUUUGGCUGCCUGUUUACUAAAUAUUUCAGAAGCCAGAAGGAAAUACAUUGUUGAGAACAUAGCAAAAGCAGCUCUUCUUGAAAAAAAAGGGCACAGGUAUCCUGAAGUAUCAGUGCUCAGUAUAUUUUCAUUUUCUGAUCAAGACUUCAACAUAUCAAUCAAAAUAGCAGCUUCUGUUAAUGAGUUAGGCCUUUCUGAGAAUUUGGUUCUGCAUGUUCCUGGCUGUGGCAUGUUUCUCCUUGGCGAGGCCGAUUUCCUCCAGAGAAGGAAGCAACUGGACUGGCUUUGGAGGAGAGAUCUCAGCGCUCUUGGAUCUGACCCGGGAGCUGCACCUGCCCGAAGAUGUGAUUUAACAGGUUCUCACUUUAGUCAUCAAAUGUCCCGUUCCGGCCGCGGUUUCCCUUUAGUGCACGUUCUUAAAAACCUUGCUUCAGGGCGUUUUGACAGUUGCGUUGGAAUAAAAUUGGAAUUUCAGCUUUGCAGUGAGGAGAUUCAUGCUGCCGCCAGAGCAGCCGAGUGCCAAUCUGCGGGAGGCGGGAGCCUAGCGAAACCGCAAACUGAGAAACAAACUUUCACAUCAGGUUUCUAA